AUUCUCAUCCACAUCUGCAAUCAAUUGUUCCUAUUUCAAUCUUCAAACUGUUAAAUAGCUCGCAGUAUAUUUCCAUUCCAAUUAAAAGAAACUCCGUCUCUGGCGCAGCGUAUAAGGACUAUUAAAAAACUUCCAAAGUUUAAUUAAAUCGCUUUGAAUCCAUCCUUCGCUCAAAGCAGCCUCUCUAAUUUUCCUUGGGCAACCAAUCCAGCGAAUUUCUGCGUACGAUUUCGUUUGAUCACGUAUAUACCGACGUCCCGCACACAGAGAACAUCUCGAGUUCUCUUGUCAGCGAGGCGGCACGCGUUCUCCACUGUACCCUUUGCUACGCGCGCGCCUUCGCUCGCCUGACCCUCUCAAAGCCCAGCCUCAAUUUACUUGGCAUUCAAGAGCUAUGCCAAGGAUCGUCCUGUACAUAUAUACGCGUACAUAUAGUCUCGAACUUCAAGAGAGCGAGAGAGACGCACAAGCAAGGAGGGGCUUUAAGUUCACGGGUCAUUUUCUCCUCAGGCACUGUUGUUGGCGACAAUGCUAGUCGGAAUCCGGAGUGAACCGCAAGGGCCCGGAUACCUGCCGCCGAGUGGCGGCGGCGCGCCAAGGCCGAACCAGGGCCAUCCUGAUGAAUGGGCUGGGGAUCCGGUGAACUACGAAUUCUCGUACGAGGUGCAGGACGCGCAAGCCGGCCUGGACUUCGGCCACAGGGAAAUGCGCAAGGACGACGAGGCGACAGGAAGUUAUCACGUUUUACUUCCGGACGGCAGAACGCAAUACGUGGACUACGUGGCUGACGGGGGCGGCUACAGGCCGAUGAUUCGAUACGAGGGCACCGCCUCCUAUCCGGCGCACUCGCCAGGCGGCAGCGAGGGAUACAAAUACAAGAAAAAAUAAA